AUGGUGAAGUCCAAGGUGAUCAGCGAGCUGCAGGAGGCGUGCUGGGAGAUGAUGUCCUCCAUGGCCAGCGACAUCAUCCUGCUGCUGGACUCGGACAACGACGGCAUCCGCACGCACGCCAUCAAGUUCGUGGAGGGGCUCAUCGUCACGCUGUCCCCCCGCACGGCCGACUCCGACGUCCCCAAGCGGCACGAGAACGACGUCAGCCUGGAGCGCAUCCCGCGGGACCACCCCGUCAUCAAGUACAACGCGCUGUGGGAGGAGGGCAAGGCGGCGCUGGAGCAGCUGCUCAAGUUCAUGGUGCACCCGGCCAUCUCCAGCAUCAACCUGACGGCCGCGCUCGGCUCGCUGGCCACCAUCGCCCGCCAGCGGCCCAUGUUCAUGGCCGAGGUCAUCCAGGCCUACGAGACCCUCCAUGCCAACCUGCCGCCCACGCUGGCCAAGUCCCAGGUGAGCAGCGUGCGGAAGAACCUGAAGCUGCACCUGCUGAGCGUCCUGCGGCACCCGUCCUCGGGCGACUUCCAGCCGCAGAUCACCACGCUGCUGGUGGACCUGGGCACGCCGCAGGCCGAGAUCGCCCGCAGCAUGCCCAGCCCCCGCGACGCCCGCAAGCGGCCCCGCGACGAGCCCGACGCCGCCCUCAAGAAGAUGAAGAUCGAGCCACCCCUGGGCGAGGACGACGAGGACAAGGACCUGGAGGCGCCGGCGGUGGCCGUGGCCAAAGCGGCCGGAGCGGUCACCGUCCCCUCGGACACCGACAUCACGGCCGAGUUCCUGCAGCCGCUGCUGACCCCCGAGAACGUGGCCAACCUGGUGCUGAUCAGCAUGGUGUACCUGCCCGAGGCCAUGCCCGCGUCCUUCCAGGCCACCUACACGCCCGUGGAGUCGGCCGGCACCGAGGCGCAGAUCAAGCACCUGGCCCGACUGAUGGCCACCCAGAUGACCGCGGCCGGGCUGGGGCCAGGCGUGGAGCAGACCAAGCUGCUGCGCGAGGAGCCCAAGGAGGAGAAGGUGGCCAAGCCGGACGCGGUGGUCAUCAAGCGGCGCCUGUCGGCGCUGGGCCAGGGCCAGGCCAUCGCCGUGCUGGGCGCCCACGGCUCGGCCGCGGGGCUGCCGGACGAGACCCCCCAGGCCAAGCGCCGGCCCGAGCCCAUCAUGCCGGCCACGCAGCCGCGGCUGGCGGGCGCCGGGGGCCGUAAGAAGGUGUUCCGCCUCAGCGACGUGCUGAAGCCGCUCAGCGAGGUGCAGGUGGAGAAGCUGAAGCUCGGCGCCGUGCGCCGCAUCCUGCGCUCCGAGAGGGCCGUGGCGGCCAGCGGGGCCGCCCAGGCCCGAGUGAAGAUCCUGGCCUCGCUGGUGACGCAGUUCGAGGUGCCCCUCAAGGGCGAGGUGCUGUCCUUCAUCCUGGACGACGUCCGGGGCCGCCUGGACCUGGCCUUCGCGUGGCUCUUCCAGGAGUACAACGCCCACCUGGCCCGCGGUGGCCCCGGUGGCCUCGAGCGCUACGACGAGUGCCUGAUCGGGCUGCUGGCCGGGCUGCAGGAGAAACCCGACCAGAAGGACGGGAUCUUCACCAAGGUGGUGCUGGAGGCGCCGCUGAUCACCGAGAGCGCCCUGGAGGUCAUCCGCAAGUACUGCGAGGACGAGAGCCGCACCUACCUGGGCAUGUCCACCUUGCGGGACCUGAUCUUCAAGCGGCCGUCGCGGCAGUUCCAGUACCUGCACGUGCUGCUGGACCUCAGCUCCCACGAGAAGGACAAGGUGCGGCAGCAGGCGCUGCAGUUCAUCAAGCGCAUGUACGAGAAGGAGCAGCUGCGCGAGUACGUGGAGAAGUUCGCCCUCAAUUACCUGCAGCUCCUGGUGCACCCCAACCCCCCCUCCGUGCUCUUCGGGGCCGACAAGGACACAGAGGUGGCGGCGCCCUGGACCGAGGAGACCAUCAAGCAGUGCCUGUACCUGUACCUGGCCCUGCUGCCCCACAACCACAAACUGAUCCACGAGCUCGCCUCCGUCUACACCGAGGCCAUCGCCGACAUCAAGCGCACGGUGCUGCGCGUCAUCGAGCAGCCGAUCCGCGGGAUGGGGAUGAACUCCCCGGAGCUGCUGCUGCUGGUGGAGAACUGCCCCAAGGGCGCCGAGACCUUGGUGACGCGCUGCCUGCACAGCCUGACGGACAAAGUGCCACCCUCGCCCGAGCUGGUCAAGCGGGUCAGGGACCUCUACCACAAGCGGCUGCCGGACGUCAGGUUCCUCAUCCCCGUCCUCAACGGGCUGGAGAAGAAAGAGGUGAUUCAGGCGCUGCCCAAACUCAUCAAACUCAACCCCAUCGUGGUCAAGGAGGUCUUCAACCGCCUGCUGGGGACGCAGCACGGUGACGGCGCCUCGGCCGUGUCCCCCCUGAACCCCGGGGAGCUCCUGAUCGCCCUGCACAACAUCGACUCCUCCAAGUGUGACAUGAAAUCCAUCAUCAAAGCCACCAACCUGUGCUUUGCCGAGCGGAACGUGUACACCUCGGAGGUGCUGGCGGUGGUGAUGCAGCAGCUGAUGGAGCAGAGCCCGCUGCCCAUGCUGCUGAUGCGCACGGUCAUCCAGGCCCUGACCAUGUACCCCCGCCUGGGCGGCUUCGUCAUGAACAUCCUGUCCAGGCUCAUCAUGAAACAGGUGUGGAAGUACCCCAAGGUGUGGGAGGGGUUCAUCAAGUGCUGCCAGCGCACCAAGCCCCAGUCCUUCCAGGUGGUUCUGCAGCUGCCCCCCCCCCAGCUCGCCGCCGUCUUCGACAAGUGCCCGGAGCUGCGCGAGCCCCUGCUGAGCCACGUGCGCGCCCUCACCCCCCACCAGCAAGCGCACAUCCCCCUGUCAACCAUGGCCAUCCUGGAGGCCACCACGCGCCACGAGCCCGAGGGGACACCUGGAGAGGAGAAGCCCCCGAAGCGCCCGAGCGACGACGACCCCAAGGCCAGGGGGGGUCCCCCGGCCCCGGGGGGGGGUCCCGGCUCGGGGUCCCCCCCCCAAGAAGCCCCCCCGGAGCUGGGGGGGUCGGACCUGGAGCCCCCCUCGAUCUUCAUCAGCGUCCCCGAGGAUGAGGAGAGCUCGGGGGGGGGAGGGGACGCGUCCCCCCCCGACGCCGCCCUCGACCCCCCCAGGGACCCCCCCGCGGGCACGGAGCCCCCCCAGGCCCCGCCCCCCCCCGGCGAGGCCCCUCCCCCCGGCAGCCCCCCCUCGUCGGAGCCGCCCCCCCCCGGCACCCAGAGCCCCGAGGGACCCCCGGGGGUCCCCGAGGUCCCCUCCGAGGGCUGAGGGGGGCGGGGGGAGCCCCCCGAGACCCCCCCCCAGGGCGUGGGCGGGGCUCAAUAAAGGCCUGGGAGGAGCUUU